GUUGUCAACAGUUUGCUAAAUAGAAAAACAUGUAGCUAGAUACUGAGACCAGAACCGUUAUAUUAUAGCUGAAUGAGAAAGCUACCCGUCUUUUUCCAGCAGAGAAAGAGAGACGGGGGAAGGAGUGACUGAAGACAGACAGACAGACGGCGCCGCUGCGGAAAGCAGAAGUAGUUAGUUACAGUAGUUAACUAGCUAGCCAGAAUGUUUAGCUACUGUAGCUAGUUAGCUAACUUGUAUUGUGAUAAGUAUAAGUACCAGGCCAGCUAAAAACGGGCUGGUGUGUGUAAUAACUCCAGCCUGCUCUCCCUCUCCGUGGCUACACUAGUGAUGCUGGUCUUGGCUGGGGCUCCAUGGAAGAGCUGCUAGCACAGGACGGAACAAGGAACGGGACUGCAACCGAGGCUCACCCCUGCCCGGGCAAGCCCUCUGCCCAUCUCUCUGGUCCAACGGGAUAUUAUUACCGUGGGGUGAGCCUGGAAACGGGAGUUACGGCCGACCGACCGAGCGGCGAUGGGAUGUUCGACAGACACGGUUGAAACCCCUGGAACCUGCUUCUCCCGCUACAGAAUCCGGGUAGAGAUCCAGGACAAGAUGAGUGGGGGGAAGAAGAGGAGUGGCUUCCAGAUUACUAGUGUGACGUCAGACUACACACAGAGCUCUGGGGAAGCCCCACCCCAUGUUCAGGCCUCUAGCCAAUCAAAUCCCUCCCUUCAGUCCUCCAGCCAAUCCACUGAUUCCUCCCAGCCUGGCCUCUCCCACCAGCAGGGAAGUUUCUCCCAGCCGACGACUCCCCUCUCUCUGAGGAAAUCCAACUCACAAGAUGCUGUGGGGCAGGGGUCCAGGUUUCGAGUUGUCAGAUUGGGCCAGGGCCAUGGAGGACCCUAUUGCCGGGGGCGGUGGACCUGUACGGACUUUUUGGAACGAGAGGAAGGGGUGGGGCCUAGAUGGGUGAUGGACAGCAUGAGACACGCCCACUCUCUGGAGUCCCUGGAGGGGAUUGGUCUACAGAGGGCUGGGGGAGGGGCUGGAGGCGAGCUGCUGGGGCACGUGCGCACUCUCAGGACAGGACACCUUGUUCACUCUCAGGGUACCUCCCACUUGCUGGCCCAGCCAAUAGGGUCAGACGGGGAGGGGUUUCGAGGGCUGAAGCCUCUCCUCCACAGCGACCCGCCCAACCCCACACACCUGGAAAGAUUCAACUUGCGAGUGGUCGACUCCAUGCCCCCCCUGCCCAGCCCCCGCCCACGGAACAUCCCACCCCCUCUACGCCUGGAUGUGGACGCUACCGGGAGGUCUCUGUUGAGAGUGUCUCAUUCCCAGCCCAGCUCCCCUGGGCCCCCCCUACAGGGUAGAAAUGGUACUUUCCUACCCAGUCUGAUUCCCAUCCAGACUUCUUCGGCCUGGUCCAUGUUCGGCUCCGGGGAGGCUGUCCAUCUGCCAGGGGACGACAGGGAGGGAGAGAAUCCUGUCCCAGACCAUGAUGGACCCUCCACCUCCAAAUCGAUCCCGCUCCAAAGUACUGGCCUCGGCGUAACGCUUAUUCCUUCGAUGAUAAACGUGAAUCCAACCAUCACCCCUGUGGGUCGAGCAGCAGCAUGAUCGCAAUCGACAACAAGAUAGAGCAAGCCAUGGACCUUGUAAAGACCCACCUGAUGCUGGCGGUCAGAGAGGAAGUGGAGUUGCUAUGGGAACAGAUUAAAGAACUAUCAGAAAGGAACGCC